AUGGGUGAUACUGCCGCGACCACGGCCUCGAAUGCGACAGAGGAUGCAGCGACAUCUAUCACUCUCACCGACGGCGACGCGCCCUCGCCGCCCAAGCGCGCGAAGAGAUCCUCCCUCACACAGAAUGCGUGCUCGCGAUGUCGAAUCAAGAAGACAAAGUGCGACGGCAAACGGCCCAUUUGCGGCCGCUGUCGCCGCGGUCAAUCCGAAUGCGUGUACGAUAUUGCAGAGGAGGGCAUCACGAAGAUGCAGCAUUUGCAGCACCAGUUGAACAAGCGGAAUGAAGAUUACGGACGUCUGGUGCGACUUUUCGGCGCUUUACAAUCGGGUUCGGAGGAGCAGGCGACGGGAUUGCUGGCGAGGCUGCGGCGGGGAGAGAGCCUCGACAGCCUGGUUGGACGGGUUGAAGCGUCGUCAUCGUCGACGUCGUCGUCGUCGUCGCGGUUAUUGCCAGCUUCUUCUUCCUCAGUGCAAGUUGACGCUGCUCCGAGCGAGGUGCCGAGUGAAGCAGCAAGCGCAGCAAGGCGCGCCUGGCCUCCAAUCGGAUCCGACGACGUCUUAUGGACCUCAUGGAGCAGUCGCUGCGAAACGCCCGCCGCCUCUCUCGCCCACACGCCCUCGGAAUCGAGUCUGCCGCCCGCAGACACGCAACAAGAUGUGCUCGAGAUCGACGCUGCCCAACGGCGGCUGCGUCUCCACCCGCCGCGCGACAUCUUCCCCAAGAUCUCGCGGGAUGAUCCACGCCUGUUCCCGACUGCACACAGCCACGACCCCACGUCUGCUAGCUCUCUACCGGAGAGUUGGAGACGGCCCAUGCCGGUUGAUCCGGAGGCGCCGGUGAAUGCGCCACAUACGGAGGCAUUGCAGGCAUUGCAACGACGGCAACAGGAUCAGGGGGGUUAG